AAGUCUUUUCAGAUUGGUGUAGUGUAUGGACAGUUUAAGUGUGACAGUGGUAACCCGCUCGCUGUGAGCGCGGGUAGGAGAGGAUGAGGUUCGUGUUGUUGGUCGUUAGGGGGCAGUGAAGAGCUAAACCGUAAGUUACCCGAAAACAUGGCGGACAAAACAAACUGAGGAGGAGAGAUUAGAGCAAAACUGGGUGAAGCGCUUCUCGGUGAUUCGCGGGGGAGGACUGAGAGGUGGGACGGCAGGUCUGAAUGAGUUCAGGGUAAGGCGGCGGGGCUCUCUGCUCUAUUCGGGCUGCGAACUGUCUCGGUGAGAACGGGACUCGAACCGGCCCAGGUCGUGCGGCGCGCCGAGAGGCUGCGGACCAGCACGCUGAGCCACCGGGGAGCCGCUCGCCCCCUCCCCCGGAGAAAGAGCCUACGAGCUUACGAGUUCAGUGAGAGCGGCCUUUUCUGGAUCUACUCUCCACAGCUUGCUGUAGGCGAACACUCCGUCCGUCAGGAGAAGUUCACAGUGAAGCACGAGUCUUCAAGAGGGGGAAGUACAGCGCUGGGUUAGCUAGUUGGCUAAUAGUUAAGGGUCGGAAGAGCAGCAGUGUGGUUCUCCAGGACAGAGAGGUUAAAGUCUGACGAACGUGCCCGCUGAUUAAUCAUUUUUAGCUCUGUUUUUUGAGUUCUCGCUGGCCGGCUGGAGUUAGCUCUGAGGAUCUGUGCAGGUCUUUGCUUACUCUGUCUGAAAUCAGGAGUCUCCUGUGAAGAGGAGGAGGAGGAGGAGGAGCGGUAGAGCUGAAUAAGGGGCUGAGGGCUGCUCUGACAGCAGCACUGCUAAGAAACCGGACUCUUGCUGAUGGCAGAUUCUGCCCCAGAGGAGGGCAGACCUACAGCAGAGUUCAUGGGGCUCCCCUCAGAAAAGCACGGAGGAGCUGAGCUGUGUAAUCAGAGAGCUGCGGAUCGCAACCCGAAUGGAGAUGCUUUAGUUCUGCAUAACGGAGAACCUCAGACUCUAGAGGCAGACUCGUCUGAAAUCAACAGAAGUCUAGAGUCUACAGAGUCUAACAGGACCACUUCUUCAGUGGGAAAAAGCCAGCAAGUCAUCUUGGAAGUGAACAGUUCUCAGCAUCCCUCAAAUGAUGACCAAGCAGCUUUACCCAUAGAGAACCAAAAGCGCAAAAGGGGACGUCCACGAAAAACAGAAGGAUGCGUCAGAAAGAACUCAAGGAACCAUUCGGCUUCUGACGUUAAACCAACAAGAGUAGCCAGAAGCAAGACUCAAGAAAAAACGAUGCUGAAGUUUGUCUCUGAACAUUUUCAGCAGAAUCCUCCACCAUCUGACAUCUCUGCCAUCCCAGAAACUCCUGAGAUGACACCAGGUGGACGCCCAAAGAGGAAAGCUGCCAAAGCUGCUCUGGAGUACCUCCACAGUAUCACGAAGGACCUUGAACUUAGUGAAAAACCAUCAGGAAAGAAGGAACGAGACGGCCCUGUCCUGCUGACCCGUCCAGCCCAGAGAAAAGCUUUAGGAAGCGAAAGGGGACUGGAAAGGAAAGCCCAAGAUUUUUACAGGGACCAGUUUGACGAUGCUGACUUUGACCCAGAGGGCCAUGAAGACGAGGAAAGUGAAGAAGACGAAGGUGACGAGGAGUAUGAAGAUCCAAUGUUAGACUUUGUGAAUAAAAAGACAUCAUAUAAACAUAAACUUUCUGGAUGUAAUGGACUGUCCAGCUCUACCAUGCAGCCUCUGUGGGAGUCCUUUAGAAGCACCAUAAAAUUUCGUCAAGAACAUUGCUCCUCCUGGAUAUUUCCUGAGUGGAUCCCUUCAGUUAGUGACUGGCAUCUACUGUCUACCAGUGAGGUGGAAAAAUAUUUACCUGAGGAGGAACAUUCAGCAGCUUUUAAAUUGUCUCGCGAGGGAAUCAAAGAACAACAUUCUCUGCACAGGAUGAAAAGAUUUGGAUCAUUGCCUCCUCAUAUGGAAAGGUGGGACUCUCUGUUCUUUGUUGGAGGCCCUGUUUGGGCCAUGGAGUGGUGUCCUUGUCCUGAAGGUGCUGCAGAAACACAGUAUGUUGCGCUCUCCUGCAAUAGAGGCAUGGAUGACCGUCACAAAAUAAAUAUGCUCUACACCGAGCAUGCUCUGCUCCAACUGUGGGACCUGGGCAGGCUACAAGUAAGUAGACCGUCAUCUUCUCCUAGCCUGGCCUACGCCUUGGCGCUGGAUGAUGGCUGCAUUUGGGACUUGAAGUGGUGUCCAGCAGGGGCCUGGGAACUGCCUAGUACUAGCAGGAAGGAACCACACUUGCCUCGACUAGGACUUAUAGCUGUAGCUUUUUCUAACGGAACUAUUGCUGUAUUUAGUCUACCGCACCCAGAAGCCCUUAAGGCCCAAACUCCAAUUAUAGCAGGGGAAGCCGCUCAGGGGUCACUGAUAUACCAGGUGGGACGCAUCUUGACUGUAAAGCUCGGCUCCAGCCAAAUGGACCACAAUGGUCAGAGUGGGCAGUGUUUUGCCCUUGAUUGGCUCCCUGUCAAGCCACACAACAUUCUGGUUGCUGGCUUCUAUGAUGGUACAGUAGCUCUUUGGGAUCUGAGCACUAAGUCAUCAUUGCAGAAAGUCAGGUCUCCAGAAAAAUCCCUCCUUCUCUACCCAUACCACUCAUUUCUCGCUCAUGACCACACUGUUCGCUCCCUCAGGUGGUGUGGGGCUUCAAGUGAAUUGUUAGUGACAGUGGGAGAUGACCGCAUGGUUAAGCUCUGGAACGUAACUAACACAUGCAAUCCCCUGAAGUCAAUAAAGCGCUUCUUGCCCACUGAGGUGUCCUGGCCAACUUUUUGGUCAGGUAUUUUCAUAACUCAGGAGUGUUGCUUUUCUGCACUUGGACAGCAAGGACUUCAUUACCUGGACUCUGGUUACUUUGGACAUAAGCCUUUCUUUGUGUGCACAAGAAAAUCCACAGUAUGGAGUUUUUCUAUGUCUGACUGGAUGAACUCCUGUGUAUUGGGGGACAACAUGGGGGACUGUGUGUGCUCUCUGCUGUGUGAUCCAGACUGCAACUACAGCAACACUAGAAGACAUAGAUUUCCAGUGUACAGAACAGAGAUGGCUCAGUUCAGACCUGGCCAGAGGCUCGACCAGUCUGAGGAGGAGGAGAUGGAGGAAGUGGGAAUUACUCCCCAGAGGGAACCGCAGAACUACAGAGCAGCCACAAAAACAUACUACCUCCACUUCCAUGACAUGGACCUUAGGUCUUUUACAAAAUACCAGGACAAGCCUCUUAUGAAGCAGUUGCACACCUCUGAGACUAAAGGCCUCGUCUUUGCGGACCAGAUGCCUCUAAAUGCACUCUACAAGGUGCGCUUCAGCCCGAACAUGGAUGCUCACUGCUGGGUGCUGUCAGCGGGCCAGUCAGGUCUGGUGCGCGCCCACUGUGUGAGAGGACUAAGUGGCCCUAGCAUGCACAAGCUUGUCUGUGAGACCCAAGAGCAGUUCACAGCCAUGUUCCGCACUCAAGAAACUAUUGCCGAUGCUACUGCUAUUCGCCACUUCACAGCAGACACUGUUCAAGUAAGAUGACGCUCAAAACAGAGCGUUCUGCUCCAUCAGUGGUCAAAAUGCUCAGUGACUACAUUUGGCAAACAUCUCUUACAAUGGCCUGCCAUUGACACCUGGAAAGUCUCCCAUUUUAUUUGUGCAGGGGAAUGUACACUCUUAUUUUUUUUUCAUUUUAAAUAUUCUCUAACUUAUUUCGAGGACUGAAACAAAACUGAUCUUUUUGAUACAAGGCUGUGAAACUAGCCUAUUUUAUAUUCUUUAUUUUAAUUAGUCUCUAUGUAUCCAGAAAAUGUGUGCAUCUGUAUUAAUACAAAUGUGCAAAUAAAAUGAUGGUGUCAGCAGGAGCACUUUUCAGCUGCUACAAAUGUUUCUUAAAUCAACACUUUGUAUUUAUGUAUAAUUGUGUCUCAAAGUUUGUAUGGGCUGCUUUUUUAUUUUUAAUGUAUUCAUUAAAUAAUGCAAAAGUA